AUGUUCAAUGAAUGGGCGCAGCUACAUAUUUUCUAUGAAGGCUUGUCCUAUGAAUCAAAGAAGGCAUUGGAUCAUUCUUCAGGGGGAUCUCUAAACAAGAAGAAGACAAUUGAAGAAGCCAUAGACAUCAUAGAAACUAUGGCCAACAAUGAGUUUUUCUAUGCAUCUGAUAGGAGCAACAACCGAGGAGUAAUGGAGCUAAGUCAUAUGGGUGCAUUGCUAGCUCAAAACAAGAUGAUUACUAAGCAAUUGGCUGCCCUUACCAAGCAUAUGGAAAGGAAUCAAGUUGCAGCAGUCACCACCUCACCACCAGCUCAAGAAAGAGUGAAUACAGAGGAAGGAGGUGACUGGGAACAAGCAAAUUAUGUUGGAAACUCAUCCAGACAGUCCUACGAUCUAUACUCCAAGACUUACAAUCCUGCCUAUCAACAUUCAACUCAAAGGCCAUAUCAACACCCACCCAACAACUCUUCCCAACAUCCAUAUCAGACCCAAAAUGGCCAUUCUCAACCCUCUAACCUCAACUCACCAUCGUCAUCUGAAGAUAGGCUCUUCAGGAUUGAGACUCUGCUUGAAGACAUAUGCAAGGAAGUUCAGGACAGUAGAGCGUUCUGGGAGGAAGUGCGAUCCAACAUGCAAAAUCAGGAUGCAGCUAUCAAGAAGCUUGAGACACAGAUUAGCUACCUAUUCAGGCAAGUUCCAAACCACAGCCUUUGUAACAACACUAAUGCAAACCCAAAGGAGGAAUGUAAGGCUAUCACACUUAGGAGUGGAAGAGAAUUGAAGGAGACAUCAAAGGAAACACAAGAGAAGAAAACGGAUGAAAAUAAAGAAAGACAAAAGGAAGCACGAGCUCCUGCUCCCAACUCACAUCAAGAAGAAGAAGUAUUGAAGCCAUAUAUUCCAAAAGCUCCGUACCCUCAACGAUUGAAAAAGAGUGGAAAUGAUAGCCAAUUCUCACGAUUCUUGGAAGUUUUUUAA